CCGCGGGGCCGCGAAGCGAAAUAUUUAUUGUUAUAGGGCGCUAAUUAGCGUGCUUUUGUCCGCGCCCCCGCCAAAUUAUUCUUAAAAACCUCGACUUUUCGCUCCGCGCCCCCGCUAAUUAGCGUGUUGUCGCUCCGCGCCCCCGCCGUUUUUGAAGUUAAAAUCUCGUGUUUUCGCCCCGCGCCCCCGCUAAUUAGCGUGUUUUCGCUCCGCGCCCCCGCCGUUUUAUACAUUUAUUAAACCCUGUUUGGCGUCCCCGAUAAUUAGCGUGUUUUCGCACCGCGUCCCCGCCGUUUUAAUUCUUAAAUCUCGUACCGCGACCCCGCGGGGCGAAGUUUUUUCCUUAAAUCUCGCCCCGCGCCCUCGCUAAUUAGCGUGUUUUCGCCCCGCGCCCCGCCGUUUUAUUUCUUAAAUCUUGUCCCGCGACCCCGCGGGGCGAAGUUUUUCCCUUAAAUCUCGCCCCGCGACCCCGCUAAUUAGCGUGUUUUCGCCCUGCGCCCAAGCCGUAUUAUUUCUUAAAUCUCGUCCCGCGACCCCGCGGGGCAAUGUUUUAUUUCUUAAAUCUCGCCCCGCGCCCCCGCUAAUUAGCGUCUUUUCGGCCCGCGCCCCCGCCGUUUUAUUCCUUAAAUCUCGUCCCGCGACCCCGCGGCGCGAAGUUUUAUUUCUUAAUUUUCGUGUUUUCGUCUUCCGGUGUUUCAGUUGUGUCAUGCGCGUUAGAAUGUUAUUGUUUUUUCAAUAUGUCGGAUAAUUUAUACACGUCUUUAUCUGGUAACACAUUUGUAGACAGUAUCCUUUCAUUACAUUACAAUUACAUUACACAUAUGCCAAAUCAACAAUGGCCGACUAUAGUGACCACGAUAGAGAUGAACUGGUCAGAGAAUAUUUUUUUUCGGGAUUCCAAUAUUCCGAAAUUGUUUCUCUACUCUACGAGCGACGCGGCAUGAUAAUAAGUAUACGACAACUGAACCGAAUUCUUGGGCGUUUAGGACUCCGUCGCCAUUCCACACACGCCGCUAGGCAAGAAGCAUACGGAGCAGUAGUUUAUGAAUUAAAUGGGAGCGGUCGAAAUUUGGGGUACCGUGGCAUGGCCCACCGACUAGCAUCUGCCCAUGGAAUAGUGGUUCCUAGAGAAACUGUGCGCUCCUUACUACUUUCAAUUGACCCGGAUGGUGUCGAAACCAGAAGGAGAAGAGUGUUUAAUAGGCGGUCGUACUUUAACGAAGGGCCAAACUUCCUUAUACAUAUAGACGGGUAUGACAAAUUGAAGCGAUAUGGAUUUCCUAUACACGCUGCCAUCGAUGGAUUUUCACGUCGGCUUCUAUGGUUAGAAGCGGUCAGUUCUAAUAACAAUCCAAAAAUCGUGGCGACAUUAUUUCUUCGCUAUAUUCAGGAAAUAAAAGGUGUACCUCGUUGUUUGCGAAUGGAUUGUGGGACAGAGAAUACCUUGACAGAGGACAUUCAGAAGGCAUUCCGCCAUAAUCAUACAGAUAGCAUGGCGGGGAGUAAGAGUGUGAUUAAAGGAAGUUCUCAUUCUAACCAGCGAAUUGAGAGAUGGUGGAGGUCUGGGAGACAAGGAGCAUUCCAGUAUUGGAUCGAGCUGUUUGCCAGUAUAGAAGCGGCUGGUUAUCUGGAAACUACAAAUCCUUUGCACGUUGACUGUUUGCGCUUCUGUUUCUUUGAUCUGCUCGACACAGACCUGAAGAAAGUAUUGUCAGACUGGAACAGUCAUCGGAUUCGACAAAGCCGCGGAUCAGAUUCCAUAGGUGGUAAACCUGAUAUGCUGUAUCACAUGCCAUUCUUAUUUGGAGGCAGGGAUUACAAGAAGGAAGUGGACAGGAGGGACAUAGAAGAAGUGCAGAGACAGUUUGGUGUCACGUCACCUUUUGCCCGUUGUAGCGACAUGUUUCAAAGUGAAAUGCUGGAGCGAAACAUACAUAAGCCCUCCACUAUGGAAGAAGCGAAAAUCUUGUUCCAGCGUUUAGUUCGGAUUUAACUCAUUACAGGACUGGAGCAGAGAGGACUACACCCAAAUCCCGCAACAUUGCCAUUAUUUCAUUGUUGUAAAGAAUAUAUUUAAAAAAUAUAUGCAAUUAAAUGAGAGAUUCAAUGUGUAAAUGUGAAAUUGCAUAGUUUCCUCCCGUAAAAAAUGUAAAUUUAAAAUGUAUUUACAUGUCAGUAAAAGUGUCUUGGGGUGAUCUUGAUAUGUCUUGACGUAGUCUUGAUGUGUCUUGGCGUGGUCUUGGGGUAAAUAGACCGACCGGUGCCUCUACAGCAUGCAGAAAUCAUGAUCACAAAAUAGAAAAAUAUCGUGUUUUUUUUCAUCGAUUAUUAUUUUACAUUCAUAAUUAUAUAUAAAUCGUUGUGAAAAGAUGAAUAAGACCUUUAAAAGUUCACUUUGUUGGGUAAAAAGGCAAGAUUUAAGCAUUUUGUCAUUCAAGCGCCUUGUCCGGUAUAUACCAGAAUACGAUAUUUAGUGUGGUGCUCCACGGAAAAAUUAAUUCAACUUGAAAUUAAAGAAUAUUUUUUAACAGAUAUUGCUUUCACUUGAUAUAAAAGAAGAGUAUUGUCGAGUAAUUCUUACUUAAUAUAGAUUAAGUGAGCUUUACUUAAUGACAGAUUUAUAGUAUUUUGCAUCAUGCAACAAUCUGAUUAUUGAGGCAUGUAUGUAAUUGGAACAGACAGAUUUAAGUAAAUAGACUAAUUGCUGUGGUUUUGCAGCGCACCAACGCAAUAAUAAACAUGUAAAGUAAGUGUAUAAAAAAUUGCCUAAUAAUCCGAGUCUUGCUUUCUGUUACAAUAUAUUAGUUAUACAAAAGUGAAGGUUGUCUAUUUCUUUUUCUUUUUAUUCACACUUUUUAUAUAUUGCAUAAUAAAUUCUAUUAACAGUAAAAGUUGUAAAACAGUAACACAGAAAUUUUCUAAAUCUUUUCUCUGUCCUUUUUUAGUAU